GCGCCUGCGCAGAGGAGACGCGACCGCCGCCGCCGCCGCCGCCGCCGCCGCCGCCGCCCGUCCGCGCCCCGGGCCGCGCUUCCCUUUCCGGGCGCGGAGGCGGCGCUGCCGGGUCCCGUCCGUGCCCUCGGCCGCGUCGGCUCCGGCUGCUCCUGCGGCGACCAUGGCAGCCGCGCGGCGCUGCGGGGCCGCCCUGCGACUCUGCGCCACAGUGCUUUUACUGGGCAUGGCUUUCUGUAAAGGCAUCGUGGAAGAUUUAGAUGACUCGUUUAAAGAUAGUCGGAAAAGCGACAUUUGGCUUGUAGAUUUUUAUGCACCGUGGUGUGGCCAUUGUAAAAAAUUGGAACCAAUAUGGAACGAAGUUGGACUUGAGAUGAAGAAUGUUGGGUCUCCGGUGAAGGUUGGCAAGAUGGAUGCCACGUCCCACUCCAGUGUUGCUUCGGAGUUCGGAGUGCGGGGUUACCCGACAAUUAAGCUACUGAAGGGGGACUUGGCGUAUAGUUACCGGGGACCGAGGACCAAGGAUGACAUUGUCGAGUUUGCCCACAGGGUGUCUGGGGCACUGAUCCGGCCCCUCCCCAGCCAGCAGAUGUUCGAGCACGUGCAGCGCAGACACCGGGUGUUUUUCGUCUACAUCGGAGGAGAGUCAACUCUGAAGGAGAAGUACAUCGAUGUUGCUUCAGAAUUAAUCAUCUACACGUACUUCUACUCUGCCUUCGAAGAUGUGGUUCCGGAGUACGUGAAGCUGAAAGAGAUCCCCGCUGUGCUGGUUUUCAAGGACGGCAGCUACUUUGUGUACGAUGAGUAUGAAGACGGCGAUCUCUCGGCAUGGAUCAACAGGGAGCGCUUCCAGAAUUACAUCGCGAUGGAUGGUUUCGUCUUGUAUGAGCUCGGGGACACUGGAAAGCUUGUGGCCAUUGCAGUUAUUGAUGAGAAGAAUUCAUCGCUUGAACAUACCAGACUGAAGUCAAUCAUUCAGGAAGUUGCUGGAAAUUUCCGAGGCCAGUUCCACAGGGAUCUUCAGUUUGGCCAUAUGGAUGGGAAUGAAUAUAUAAAUACCUUGCUGAUGGAUGAGUUGUCCGUACCCACUGUGGUCGUGCUGAACACUUCGAAUCAGCAGUACUUCCUGCUGGACCGGCAGAUCAGGAACGCGGAAGACAUGGUGCAGUUCAUUCACAGCAUUCUGGACGGCCGCGUGGAAGCUCAAGGAGGCGAUAGCAUUUUCCACAGGUUGAAGAGGAUACUAUUCGAUGCCAAAACUACCGUGGUGUCCAUCUUCCGGAGCUCGCCGCUCAUGGGCUGCUUCCUGUUCGGCCUGCCGCUGGGCGUCAUCAGCAUCAUGUGCUACGGCAUCUACAGCGCCGACGCCGAGAGCAGCUACAUCGAGGAGCGCUACGAGCUGUCCAAGGGCGACGGGGACCCCGAGGGCGCCGAGCUGCCCGACGAGCCGCGCGAGCACGAGGUGCGCAACGGGCACCCGCCCAUGCCCGCCGAGCCCGAGCCUGAGCCCGAGCCCAAGGGCGAGCUGGAGAAGAAGACCGACUGAGGCCCGGCCCGGGCCCCAGAGCCCGGCGCGCUGCCCGGCGUCCGUGCAUGGAUUCGAGUAGGCCUGGCCGCAGGCCCCGGGGACGCGGGGGGCCGGCCCGCGGCCCUCGGCCACCUGCAGGACGUCCCCGGCUCCCGUCGUGUUUGCAUGUCUCUGUGGGGACGUCCUGGGGCUGAGGGACACGCCCCGGGCUCCGCAUUCCCGCCGGCCUGUCGGGGAGAGGCACCGGGUCCCCCCACCCCCUCCCCUCGCCCGGCCGCCGGACAGGAAGAGUGAAGUCUUCAAAUCGAGGCACUUUAAGGAGAAAUGGUCUCUGUCCACAGGGCAGAUCAAGAUUAUGAGAAGAAAAAAAAAUUUUUUUUUUUCCUAUAGUGUGUCACUGGGUUUUGAAGGAGCCGAGCCGUGCUGUGCUGCAUUUUAUUUCACGCUUGGCCACGUUCCUUGGGUUUUCCCAGGGGCCAAAAUAAGCGGGUAGCCCCAGCCCUGAGUUUUUCUGCUGGGACAUACAGCGGCCCAAGCCGGGGUAGGAAGCCGGACCUCGGGUGCCGGUGAUGGGCAGCCUGACAGCUGUCGAUGGCCCCCGCUGUCCCCUGCUCCCUCCCAGUGGGGUUUCCUCUGCGAGUUUGCUUGGCUGAAGAAGCUCCCGCCGCUCUGCCAGGAGUAGUAUGGGGUCACUGCGAUCUGCUGGGCGUGUGGGCGUGCACAUCUGCAUGCACACGCGCAUACACACACGUGUGUUCUGGAGGCCCCGCGCAGGCCGUGCUCAGAGUGAGCGAGCGACAGUCAGCCCCCUGCCAGCCACUUGCCCCUCUGCCCCCGUCCUCCCAGCCCCACUGCCCAGUCCUCCCCGAGACCCCUCACCUGCUCUCCGCGCUGACGUGGCGGAGGAAUGCUGCCCUUGGCCGUGCCCUCUCCCCCCCCCCCCGCCCCGCGCCUUCUCAGUUCCAGUCCGGUGUGCCCAUCGUAGACUAGUUCGCCCUGACUCUGCCUCUCAGCCAAGUGUAGGGUCUUGACUCGGUGACUCCUGGCCUCGUUGAGUUGUCCGCUUGAAAUGUCUUUCUGGCCAUCCGGGACCAUGGAAGCAUUUAGUACCUGGUUCCUCGUCCCAACACGGAGGAGGCGCCCGGUGGGUGCCCCCGCCUCCUCGGCAGCUGGGAGCAGCAGCUUCUGCGGCCACCGGUGGAACUGGGACAGCAGGCUGGCACCUCGGAGGGUGUCCUGUUGGCGUCCGUGAGGGGCCUUCUUCAUGGAAGCUGGAGGCUGAUGGUCGUCAGCUAGCAAGGAGACUCCCCAGAGCAUCCUGGGCAAGUCGGGAAGAUGGGCCGGUCACGCUCCCAGGGGCCAGAGUAGCGUCUCCUGGCUGUGCCCCCCCACGGCUGCGGGGCCGGUGGCCAGCGUUCUGCCUCUCCCUCCUCGUUCCUCCCUCAGAGACUCACCGUCUGCAUGUCUUUGUGUCUUGUGGAGUAUCCCGUAAAAGUGACAGGCCCGAGUGGGAAGAAGAACGGAACUCUCCGCGUGCGCCCGUGGGGAACGCCCGCUCUUCCUUUCUCCAUAACCGGGGGCGUCCGUGUCUCCAGGGCAAGCCUGAGUUUCUGUUCCUAGCUCUCUCGGGACACUAGACGUCCUCAGACACCUCCUGUUCACUCUGUGUGCUCGUGGUCGCCCCUUCUCUCUUUUCACAGUGGCUACUUGGGAAACAGAACGUGUAGAUGGUUUGUAAGUGAGUGUAUUUAUUUCUGCCUUUUUUGUAUGAGGAUUUUGCUUUUUACUUGUUUCUACUUAAUGAUACUGUCACAUUUCUCACAAAACCACCUAAAACUUUUGUUCCCCGGUGUGCAUUUGCUUUUAUCCCUUUGACGUGAUAGCAGAACUUGUAGAAAUGCUAUUUUCAUUUCAGGAACACUUUUAAAAUGAAGGUAGAUUUAUUAAUGAAUCGAGAGAAAGAACCCUUUAGGAGGGCUUGGCCCUGCCGUUCUGAUCCAGUGAUGAAUCUUUCACAGAUAGGAAAAUACCCUUCAGUCAGAGUUUCGCCUUCUCUUGGUUGCAAUAGAGUACUGUUUUUCAGCUUCCAAAAUUGAAAGACUUAAGAUGCCUGCUGUUGCUGAAUCUGGUGCUCAGACAUUAUUUAAGGAUAUCUGAAAUGGAGAACGUGACUAUUUCAGUCAAGCUGUGUAGCAUAGAGCAGGCGGUCCUUUUGAUUGGUUACAUAGUCCAUUUUAAUAUUCCUCCCGGUACCACUCACGGAACCUGGGUGAGGUCUGUUAGAUCAGUAAUUCUGUUUUCUUCCUCACACACAAUAAGGUAUCUAACUCAGAAAUGAAAUUAAGAGCCAAAUUUAUAGUGCUUGAAGGGUCUCACUGUUAACGAGCUACAUUGUGAUUUAGUUGCUGGUAAUUCCUGGUUUGGGUUUUUGGGGCCAUUUUGGUUUGGGUUUUGCAAAAUCAAUAUUUUUAUCAUUGCUUCAUACGAAAUGGAAGUAAGACGGGGAAAGAUCCCUCACCAUCCUAUUAUGUAGAAAUUGCUUGAGCAAAGCAGAGUGUGGUGAGAAGACUAUCGGUGGGAAUAGGUUUGCCAUUUUAUUUUUAUAAAUAUCUACUUUUUCCUGAAUGUGUCUGAGUCCAAGAGUGGGCAAGAAUCAAUUUUCUACUUUGGACCAGUUGGUAAAAAAGGCUUUUGAGAGACUGCAUUGCUAACGUGUCGAACUCAUGAGAUCCUGCCUCAUGGCACCAAUUGUUCAACCUUUGUUUUCUAAAAUAAACACAUUGGAGACAUUUGUAACUGUAA